GCCCGUCGACCGAUUGUCGGUGGCCGCCGCUGCCCCCUGCCCCGCCGGACCUCACCUCUUGCAGGACGCCAUGGGCCGCCGCCCACCCCGACCCACCUGGAGACCCUCCGCCCGCCUGCUCCUCCCGCUCCUCCUCCUCCUCCUCCUGGGAUCCCCGGCCCCGACUGCAGGUCAAGAUUUUGACUUAUCGGAUGCCCUUGGAGACUUUGAAAAAACGACAAAGAAGCCAUCUGUUCCCACCAGAAAGCCAAGUUCAGACCUGGAUUUGUCCGAUGCCUUUGGUGACGGAAACGAUGACGUGAAGCCGAAACCGCGUCCUCAGCCCCCUCCCAACCCUGGAAAUUCCGGUGGCAUCUCUGAUGACGAUCUCAUCGAUUCAAACCCCAACCCGCGUCCUCACCCGGGAGGUAAUGGUCAGUCGGAUUCUAAUCACAAUGGCCAGUCAGAUGCUGAAUCUCCUGGUGUGAUACCUGGAAUUAUAAGCGCUGUGGUUGUGGCCGUGGUGGGAGCUGUAUCCAGCUUUAUCGCCUACCAGAAGAAGAAAUUGUGCUUCAAAGGAAACGGAGAUGCAGAAACUGUCCAGGUGGAAGGUUAUCAAGAUGCAAGUAAAGAACCUCCUGUGCAAAGCACUCUUUUGCAGUAAUAAUAUGAGAAGCAAAUCACGGAAAACCAAGAUGAACAAAACGCGAUUGGAAAGUCUUGCUCUCUGCCUCAAAGGACACCGUUGAAGAGAGGAAACAUUGUAUAAGAAUGUGAUCCUGUCAGACGAUUUUGGAGUCGGGAAUCUCUAAAACAUGCAAAUAGUUUCAGUAUUCUAGCCUGGGUUAGGAUACUUGGUUCCCCAGGAGUGUGUACUUGGACCUUUUAAUUCACCAUUGCCUUUUAGACAUUGACAUAUAAGUGAGAUUUGAACGGUUGGCAGUUAACAUUCAGUUUUUGGCCUUCUAACCAAGUACCCCGCUAAUUUCUCUGUUGGAAUCUCACUUUUCAUGCUCAUCUGUGUCAGAGUAAUAUGUGAAGUUGAAGAACCCUCCAGAAAACCUCCAAAAAAUUCUCCUCAGCAUUUCCCUGCUUCCAUUUCUGAAUCUAUUAUAGUUUCACAACUAAGGAACUAUGCGGGCUGGGCCUGAAAUCUCUGCCCCGGUGGCUUCCGAUUUUAGUCACAGACCAGAUUUGUAUGUUAUCGUUAUUGAGACUGAGACAAAACAGAAUUGUGAGGUUUUGUUUUUUCUUUCCCCCUACCCAGUUUUCGUUCGUUAAAUCCGAUUGUUGCCAAUUUGGAGUGUUCGAUCUGUACUGACAUUUGACUGUUGACUGAAGAGAGGUAUUAAGGUCCACGCCUAACCAUUUUUAUCUUAUGCUACCAAAUAGUCUACCAUUUUGAAGUAUAACAAAUUGGGUAAUUAGUGACUUGUUUGAUUUUAUAUAUAUAUAUAUGUUUUUUAAUGUUCUUUACAUAGUCUCCUCAAAAGUACUUCAAAACAGAGUUAAACCAUCUUUUCCUUCCAGAGUUCCAAACAUGUUAUAUACUUAUAUCUAAUGCAUGGACUGCAAUAGGGGAGGUACGUAAAAGAAAACAAUUUAAGUAGGUUUUUCUCUGGGAGCUUGAUGGGGAGCUUUAAAUGGGCUUUACUUUUCCUAAAGGGGGAAACUGACGUUUUUCAAGCCCAAAUUUGCAGGGAACAUAUGCAGACUCUGUUAUAUUGUACUCUCCCAAGCAUUUAAUACAACGCUCUGCAUACAGUAAGUGCUCAAUAAAUACGAUUGGCAUUAAAAAUUGUCAGGCAAGUUUAGUGAAUUUUUCCGGUCACUGUGUCACCGUGUUCUGAAGUCGAGACGAUCCUGGUUUUUAAAAUGCCCCCCCCCCCCCAAUCCAAAGCUUCCAGAGGGAAAACUAAUCUUCCACUGGGAUUCUCACCACAAUUUUUCUCAUGAUUUAAUAGUUGUUCCUUCUCUUUUUGGAACUGGUAUAAUGAAAUGUGACCAGGCAGACAUUUUAGCUCGCCUGUCUGUUUUACAGGCAUUUUAAUUACUGCAGUCUCUCCUCUUCAGGUUCCUCCUCCUCCCACUUUAAAGGCUCUUUUCUUCCACGGCAGGCCUUUCAGAAGGCUCUAUUGAUGGACUCUGAAGAUAUUCUCUGCCAAGAAGUUGAGCUCUGUAGAAGAGUAGUGCUCCUCGUUCACACACCUUCCCAUACUCUCAAUCCUCUCUUUCUUUCUUCUGCCCAUCUCCUCUGACUGAUGCAGUGAAAGGAGUAAGCACCUACACCUCAGAAGGCCAAGAGAUGGAGGGCAGAGGAAUUUUUGGAAGAGAAGUUCUAUUUCAGACCACCCGCAGGGAGAGACUGAGAUUUUGUAAGUAAGAGAGUUUUGUAGGUGGGUCAGUGCGUGUGUUUAUGGUGGAGAGAAGAAAGGAGGAGGAGGAGGAGAUGGCAGAGCAAAGGAGUUCACUAUAUUGCAUGUAGUCUUUUAAACCUCAAGUGUAAGAUAGAACCUCGAUUUAGGGAGCUAAAAAUAGUUAAAAAUAAAACUCAUCUUCGCUUCAAAGCAAUGUGGUAUUUUAACGGUGGACAAAGUGGAGUCGUGGAAGUUUGGACUGAUUUUGCAGGAACAAACCUUCGGCUCUGGCUUGUUAUUGCAGACUAAUGGUAUCGGUCUCUUCGUAUCAUGGAAAUCAAAUUCACGCACAUCCUGUGCCAAAUAAACAUCUCUGGGCUUGUCAACUGAGACCCCCCCCCCCGACUCAGUUGGCUAAUACUACCAGCCCACAGGCACCCCGAAGUCCAAAGAAGUGAAGUGGCUCCUCUAUAGGGAUUUGACAAAAGUCAUGAGCUUUCUCGGUCUGUAAACUUGUUUAGCUUUUACGAUCAGACUUGACACAUGGUUGUUUGGUUGUUGUUUUUUUUUUUUUAAAUAAAAACAUUUGGGUAAAAAAAUA